AUGGCAAAAGCAUUAUCUGUACCUAGUGUGGAACACUUUAAUAUGACAGGAGACCCUAGUAGCUUGCCAAGCAAAUGGGAGCGAUGGCUGAAAUCGUUUCAAUACUUCGUUGUCGGUUCGGGCGUCACGGACAAAUCACAAAAACGAGCACUACUGCUGCAUCUGGUAGGACCGGAAGUGCAAGGGAUUUUCGAAACACUGGACAAUACUGGAAAUGACAAUAAUUUUGACGCCGCAGUUGAUGCAUUGAAUAAUUAUUUCAAGCCGAAACUCAAUGUAUCAUAUGAACGACACAAAUUCAAUUCAGAAAAACAGAAACAGAAUGAAACUAUCCAGGACUUUGCUACGCGACUUAAACAACUAAGUAUUUCAUGUGACUUUAAUGACGCAAAUGACAGAAUACGAGACCAGAUUAUUGAAAAGUGCACAUCUACAACGUUACGCAGAAAGUUUCUCAGUUAUAAAGAUUUAACAUUAGAAAAAGUUUUGGAACUGUCAUCAACGUUCGAACGUGCACAAGACAGUGCCACAAAAAUGGAAAAUCAAAGUACACAACAGCAACAAAAAGAUGACACCACGUUUCAACUGAAACAAUCGACUAUGCGUCAAAGACAACAACGCGCGAACAGAGGGAGAGGCAGAUUUCGUCAACAGGCACCGCCAACACAUGUAGAAUGUUACAGCUGUGGCCGCAGGGGUCACAUGGCUAAGGACCAAAAUUGCCCAGCAGCACGUGCAGCAUGUACAAAAUGUGGCUUUAUUGGACAUUUUACAGUAAAGUUUAAAUCUAAAAGGAAAAAGAUACAACCAAAACAGAAAGUUCGAUCACUUGAAAAUGAAACAUCCUCAGACAGUGAAAACGAAUAUCUGUUUAAUAUCAAAUCAAUUGGGAACGUGUCAAAUAAAAUAACAGUCAACGUCGGUAAUAUUCCGCUGAAUAUGGUUAUAGAUUCAGGAGCUAGUUGUGACAUUGUUGACAAAAGUACAUGGAAUUUUCUAAAAUCACAGAAACAAUUUCAAUGCUUAACACAUAAAAAAUCCACAGACAAGAAAGUGUUCGCUUAUGGAAGCAAACAACCACUCAAAUUGCUUGGUAUAUUUCGUGCGAAAAUUGAAUUCAAUUCAAUGACUAUUGAUGACGUAGAAUUCUCAGUUUUGGACGGUAAGGGACAAGCAUUGCUUAGUAAAGACACGUCAAUUAGUCUCAAUGUUCUAAGGAUCGGAGCAGAAGUGAAUUUGGUCAAAGAGGACAUCAUGAGCGAAAACCCAGAAUUGUUCAAAGGAAUAGGGAAAAUGAAAGAUUUUCAAUUGCAAAUUCCCAUUGAUGAAAAAAUCGAGCCAGUUGUUCAAUCGGUAAGGCGUAUACCUUUCAGUCUCAGAGAAAAGCUAGAAAAAAAGCUAUUAGAACUAGAAAACAAUGAUAUAAUCGAAAGAGUAAACAGUCCUAGCCGCUGGGUAAGCCCAGUUGUUGUAGUGCCUAAAGGAGACGACGAUAUUAGGCUUGUUAUCGAUAUGAGGCGAAGCAACACGGCUGUGAAGCGGGUACGACACCCGAUUCCUACCGUGGACGAGGUGCUGUACGAUUUGAACGGAUCAAUAGUGUAUAGUAAGCUAGACAUUUCAAAUGCCUAUCAUCAACUCGAGCUUCAUCCUGAUUCAAGGGAAAUAACUACGUUCAUAACUCAUGUUGGAAUGUUCCGUUACAAAAGAUAA